UCCUACACCCCAAUUCCUGGGAUGCUAUCAGAAGCCUCUACGUUUCUCCACCCUCUCCUCGCGGCACUAAACCCCACUGUCAUGCUUAUAAAUCCCAAGAGCAAAGGGUGGCACGAUUCCUCCCGCGCCCCUGCGGGCUGAAGGCGGGCACUAAAGCAGUGCAGUUCCAAGCUUCCCCUGCAGAAGCCACGCUCCUGACUUGGUCCGGGGAUAGAGGGGGCGCGAGAGAGCAAGUGGGCGGGCGUCCCAUCCUCCGCAUCCUCCUCCAAGUCCUGGCGCGCAGGGAGGGAGCGCUGCGCUGCGCCGGGCUGCGCAUCGCGGCCCACUUGCCGCCUGUCCCCUGCCCUGGCUGGGCCACCUCCCCGGGCUGCCGGUGGAGGGCUUAGAGGCGCUAACGUUACGCUGUUUCCGGUUUUCCAGAGGGCUCUGUUUCCCCUCCCAAGGCGGCGGCGGCUGAGCGGCGGAGCCCCCCAAAUGGCCUGGCCAGAUGCGGCAGGUUUGCUGCUCAGCGCUGCCGCCGCCACUGGAGAAGGCUCGGUGCAGCAGCUACAGCUACAGCGACAGCAGCAGCAGCAACAGCAGCAGCAGCAGAAGCAGCAGCAGCAACAGCAGAAGCAGCAGCAGCAGCAGCAGCGAGAGCGGCGGCAGCAACAGCAACAGCGGCAGCAGCAUCUCCCGUCCCGCUGCGCCCCCAGAGCCGCGGCCGCAGCCGCAGCCGCAGCUCCGCAGCCCCGCAGCCCCGAGAGCCGCCGCCCGCUCGCGAGCCGCAGCCGCCGGCGGCAUGAGGCGCGACCCGGCCCCCGGCUUCUCGAUGCUGCUCUUCGGUGUGUCGCUCGCCUGCUACUCGCCCAGCCUCAAGUCGGUGCAGGACCAGGCGUACAAGGCACCCGUGGUGGUGGAGGGCAAGGUACAGGGACUGGCCCCGGCUGGCGGCUCCAGCUCUAACAGCACCCGCGAGCCGCCCGCCUCGGGUCGGGUGGCGCUGGUGAAGGUGCUGGACAAGUGGCCGCUCCGGAGCGGGGGGCUGCAGCGCGAGCAGGUGAUCAGCGUGGGCUCCUGUGUGCCGCUCGAAAGGAACCAGCGCUACAUCUUUUUCUUGGAGCCCACUGAGCAGCCCUUAGUUUUUAAGACGGCCUUUGCCCCGGUCGACCCUAACGGCAAAAACAUCAAGAAAGAGGUGGGCAAGAUCCUGUGCACUGACUGCGCUACCCGGCCCAAGCUGAAGAAGAUGAAAAGCCAGACCGGCGAGGUGGGUGAGAAGCAGUCGCUGAAGUGCGAAGCAGCAGCCGGGAACCCCCAGCCCUCCUACCGCUGGUUCAAGGAUGGCAAGGAGCUCAACCGGAGUCGUGAUAUUCGCAUCAAGUACGGCAAUGGCAGAAAGAACUCCCGACUGCAGUUCAACAAAGUGAAGGUGGAGGAUGCGGGAGAGUAUGUCUGCGAGGCGGAGAACAUCCUUGGGAAGGACACCGUGCGGGGCAGGCUCCACGUUAACAGCGUGAGCACCACUCUGUCGUCGUGGUCGGGACAUGCCCGGAAGUGCAACGAGACAGCCAAGUCCUACUGUGUGAAUGGAGGUGUGUGCUACUACAUCGAGGGCAUCAACCAGCUCUCCUGCAAGUGUCCUGUGGGAUACACCGGGGCCAGGUGUCAGCAGUUCGCAAUGGUCAACUUCUCCAAGCACCUUGGAUUUGAGUUAAAGGAGGCUGAGGAGCUGUACCAGAAGAGAGUCCUGACAAUUACUGGCAUCUGUGUGGCUCUGCUGGUCGUGGGCAUCGUCUGUGUGGUCGCCUACUGCAAGACCAAAAAACAGCGGAGACAGAUGCAUAACCAUCUCCGGCAGAACAUGUGUCCAGCCCACCAGAACCGGAGUCUGGCCAACGGGCCCAGCCACCCUCGGCUGGACCCUGAGGAGAUCCAGAUGGCUGAUUACAUCUCCAAAAAUGUGCCCACCACAGACCACGUGAUCCGGAGGGAAACUGAGACCACAUUCUCUGGGAGCCACUCCUGCUCACCUUCUCACCACUGCUCCACAGCCACGCCCACCUCCAGCCACAGACAUGAGAGCCACACGUGGAGCCUGGAACGUUCGGAGAGCCUGACCUCGGAUUCCCAGUCAGGCAUCAUGCUGUCAUCAGUGGGCACCAGCAAGUGCAACAGCCCAGCCUGUGUGGAAGCGCGAGCACGGAGGGCAGCGGCCUACAGCCAGGAGGAGCGGCGCAGGGCUGCCAUGCCACCCUACCACGACUCCAUAGACUCCCUGCGUGACUCUCCACACAGUGAGAGGUACGUGUCGGCCCUGACCACGCCCGCGCGCCUCUCGCCCGUGGACUUCCACUACUCGCUGGCCACGCAGGUGCCGACCUUCGAGAUCACGUCGCCCAACUCUGCGCAUGCCGUGUCGCUGCCGCCCGCCGCGCCCAUCAGCUACCGCCUGGCGGAGCAGCAGCCGCUCCUGCGGCACCCGGCGCCGCCGGGCCCUGGGCCGGGGUCCGGCGCGGACAUGCAGCGCAGCUACGACAGCUACUACUACCCCGCGGCGGGGCCCGGACCGCGGCGCAGCGCCUGCGCGCUGGGCGGCAGCUUGGGCAGCCUCCCCGCCAGCCCCUUCCGCAUCCCUGAGGACGACGAGUACGAGACCACGCAGGAGUGCGCGCCCCCGCCGCCGCCGCGGCCACGCACGCGCGGCGCGUCCCGCAGGACGUCAGCGGGGCCGCGGCGCUGGCGGCGCUCGCGCCUCAACGGGCUGGCGGCGCAGCGCGCACGCGCGGCGCGGGACUCGCUGUCGUUGAGCAGCGGCUCGGGCUGCGGCUCAGUGUCGGCCUCGGACGACGAGGCGGACGACGCGGACGGGGCGCUGGCGGCCGAGAGCACGCCUUUCCUCGGCCUGCGGGCGGCGCACGACGCGCUGCGCUCGGACUCGCCGCCGCUGUGUCCGGCGGCCGACAGCAGGACUUACUACUCCCUGGACAGCCACAGCACGCGCGCCAGCAGCAGACACAGCCGUGGGCCGCCCACGAGGGCCAAGCAGGACUCGGGGCCCCUCUAGGCGCCCCCCGCCUCGCCCGCCCCAAGUCUCCAAGGAGAGCGGAGACCACCGACUGGAGAGGGAAUAGGAGCGAACAAAGAAAUAAAAAUAUUUUUAUUUUCUAUAAAAAGGAAAAAAGUAUAACAAAAUGUUUUAUUUUCAUUUUAGCAAAAAAAUGUCUUAUAAUACUAGCUAACGGCAAAGACGUUUUUAUAGGGAAACUAUUUAUAUGUAACAUCCUGAUUUACAGCUUCGGAAAAAAAAAGAAACAACAAAAAAAAAGAGAGAUGGGCCAAUUUUUUGACUCUUUAAUAGAAACCUAUAUUGUGGUGCCUUUUGCUGUAUGCUAAUCUGGGGCUCCUGGAGAGUCGUCUGGGGUGCAGGGUGGGGAUGGGCGCUUGUAGGAUCCCAAACCGGUGAGGGUGAGAAAAGGCAGGAAAAGAAGAGACCGAGGUUCUACUGGCCCUGAGGGUAGUGGACAGUGAGGAAGAAAAUGAAGACAAGGCAGAAUUUGCCCUGUUCAGAUCUGGAAUCUCGGGCAGAGAGGGCAGGGAUCCUUGCCUAGAGCUGGAAUUGAGGUCGGGUUACUUCCAGGGGGAGACAUAGCCCCCCAACUACAGCAACUAGAAUGGGGAGGGGUCCUCCCCGCCCCUCAAGGCUGCUAAGGGAAAGAGGACAGAGAAGGCGGUCUCCCCACCAGCCCCCGGCCUAGGGAGGGGCAGCACUACCAGGGGCCCAACCUUCAUAGCUCCUCCUCCUGCGGCCUCCAGGGUACUCUGUCCUCUGCAGCACCUUCGUUUACAGGUCGUCUUUUCUAUUUUACGCCUGCAUGUCCUUUGCAUUUCAGAUUCUUUAGAUUGAAUGCAUGGUCACGCUGGGACCCAGAAGAGCCACUCCGACAGUGUAUUCGAUUCCCCUUUUAGCAAUAAAGUAACACCAUGUCCUUCUCACAGCCCAGCUCCCAACCCACCUAUGACUUCAUCCUCCAAUCCUGCCCUCCCCUACCCUCACAACUGGAUCCAAUGCUAAUUUGUCAAAAAAGGCAAUUGUCUAAAAAGGAAAUAAACAAACAAAGUCCCAAACAGGAACAGAUGGGAACCCUGACAUGUCCAAACACCUGACUGUUGACACUUGAACAUUUUUAUAUUAUAAAUAAAAUCAGAAAUAACUCCUGUUUGACUGUGUGUACCUGGCCCAGCUGAGGGAAGACAGGAGGAGGAUCUGGGCCCUGUGGGUACUGGAAUAGAUUGGAGAGGGCCAGGGCAGUCCCUGAGCGGAAGUGACCCUCUCUCCAGUCCCGCUGGCCCCAGUUCCAAGGACCUGUUCCAAGUCUUCCUUCCAAAUCAUUUAUAAGGUGUCGCCCCUGGGUGCUGGGGAACCCAGCCAAGGGACUGACGCAAAUUGUUCUGCUUUAAACUCAGCCUCCGAACUCUGGCCCAGCCCCUGCCCUGGAGCUAGGAGGCUGGACUGAGGCAACAGUUUCCCACCCAGGUGGGUGAAAAGAGAAGGGUUGUGGGGUUGGCACUGGGGCAGCAGAGACAAAGAUGACCCUUGGGGCCUCAGGCACGUCACAGGCAGAGUCUGGACAUGUAAGACAGCAUAAUGGAUACCCUCAUUGCCAGAAGGACCACAGCAGCUGCGCUUCUAAGCCCACAGGGUAUUGCUCUUUCCCCAAUUUUAUACCCCCUCAGAGCCAGGGCCUGUCUAAACCUGCAGCUCUGAUGAAGGUCUGAACUCAGGCGAGGAGGAGGCAGAUGGAGUCCGAGGUGAAGAGUCUUUCUCAUCAGCCACCUAGAAUACCAGAAACCAAGAUUCCAGCCUCCUGGACCUGAAGCCUCCUCUCCAAAGAGCUGGGGUGAAUGUGUACAUAUUUACGUAUGCUUAUGUGCGUCCUUGAAUGUCACACUAACAGAGUAGCGGGACAGAGAGGCACAGAGCAACAAGGACCGAAUCUGAGUGCCAGUUUGGCCCUCGCUAGCUCUGUGCUUUCUCCAACCCACAAUUUGCUUAGUGAGAGAUGAGGAAAACACUGUAUACCUCAGCGAGCUGCUGUGGAGGUCACGUGCGGAUGGGCCAGCACCGCUCCUGAGAGAUUGUCUAGAAGACAGCUACCUUGAUGGUGGUGGGGACAGAAUCCUGAGCCUUGCAACCUUGAAUCACAAAGUGGCAAAAACUCGAUGAGGAGAUGAUUAAGAAAAGUCUAAACUUAAAAAUUCAUCAUUAUAUUUGUUGGUGGGUGCUGAAGGGGGCACUUUUUACAAAGGAAAAAAAUAGGGGAAAAAUUACUGGGCUGAAUGUUAAACCUGUAGAUCAUGGACGUCUUCCAGGCCCCAGCCAGUGACUGCGUUAGACCCCUCUGCUAUCUGUUUGCCGUUGCCUUGAGAGCUGUCUUAGGGCGGUAAUCCUUAUGUACGACCUCUGAUCUCCAUGUGACCCCAGGUUAACGGCUACGACCUCUUAAUGAGUCCACCGAGCAGAUCUUAGUGUGAUCCAGGUUAGAGCCCUCACUUAGGCUCUGUGAGGGCUCUCAGUGGUUGCCUUCUCGGUUUUCAUUCAGAAACCACCGCUGUGACUCAAAUGAACUCUCCUAUCUGUAUACGACCCCGGUUGACUUAGUGAACUUGUACCUGACCCCAUUUUGCUCCUUUAUCAUCUGCCCUGUAUUCUAAGGUACCUGCCAGAGUCCAAGGAUAGAACCUAACCUAGCUCCUCGGCUCUCUCCUCAUUAUAUCAGCCACCUACUCCCUGGACGUGUCUGGUUGGGACUCAGGAGCACACUCGACCAGAGAGACCCUCUUGCCCACCCUGACUCUCAGGUUUCAGCCUUGGGGAAAACUUGAGUGUGUGGCCUUUCAGGAAGCAUUGCAAUCACUUCAAGCAACUUCCCUUCCACUACCCUGUCCCCUGGAACACUCAGGACAUUCAGGCAGCUUCAUAGGUCAAAAUUCUCUUCCCUGCUCCCCAAAUUAUUUUCUUUUUAGUAUCACAUUUAGUGUCUUUCCCCAGCCUCUCUCAGAGUCCCCAAUGGCAAUGAAUGAUAACCACUUCCCCGAGACCCCCCAUAUCUGUGAGACCCAUGGAGGCAGGGAGUGGACCUCCUUUACCACCAUCCCAGCACCCAGCAACAAUCUAUGCCUCAUGGUUGCCCCUCACUGAAGAGGUUGAAGGCUGUCUGUCAAGAGUUAGCAACCAGGAGUUCCUGAGCCCUGGGCAAAUAACCAGGACCUCUAUAUGGAGAAAACUGCUUACUCCAUUUUGUCAGGCCCUGGGUUUGACUAGUUCUCCUGGGCAUGUUAGGAGCCACGGUUAGGGAAGAGGAACAUGAUGGUCUAUUAGAAUGCAGGAAAAAUAUUAGAACUUUGAUUUAGAUUUAUUUUCAUCUCAUCUUUUUUAAAUUUCUAUUUUUGUGUAUGUUUUAUAAUGUACAUAAUAUUUUAGUACAGUAGUACAUGUAUAUAAUUUACAAAUAAAGAAUUAUACAAUUAA